UGCGCAUGCGCGCAGUCCGCUCUGCGCUCUCUGGGAGCCCUCAACAAAAAUGGCGGCGCCCGUGAGGCCGGUCCGCUUCUGGAAGCCGGGUACAGAGGGCCCAGGAGCCAGCAUUGCAGAGGAGAGGCAGAGUACUGCAGAAGUCACCUCCGUCGUUUACAAUCCACAUGCUUCUCUCUCCAUUGAGCAACAGAGACAGAAGCUGCCAGUUUUUAAGCUCCGAAAUCAUAUCCUUUACUUAGUGGAGAAUUACCAGACUGUGGUUAUUAUUGGAGAAACUGGAUGUGGUAAAAGUACUCAGAUCCCACAGUACCUCACUGAAGCAGGAUGGACUGCAGAAGGCCGGGUAGUGGGGGUGACCCAGCCACGCAGAGUGGCAGCUGUGUCGGUGGCAGGGAGAGUGGCAGAAGAGCGCGGAGCCUUGCUGGGACACGAGGUUGGCUAUUGCAUACGAUUCGACGAUUGCACAGACCCGCAGGCUACUCGUAUUAAGUUCCUUACAGAUGGCAUGCUUGUCCGAGAAAUGAUGUCAGAUCCACUGCUCACCAAAUACAGUGUGCUCAUGCUGGAUGAAGCUCAUGAGAGGACUCUUUAUACAGACAUUGCUAUCGGACUACUGAAGAAGGUUCAGAAGAAGAGAGGGGAUCUGAGGCUGGUUAUAGCAUCAGCAACACUGGAUGCAGAGAAAUUCAAGGCGUUCUUUAAUCAGAAUGAUACUAAUGACCCCAACAGGGACACCUGUGCUAUCCUAACUGUGGAAGGAAGAACUUUUCCUGUAGAUAUUUUUUAUACUCAGAGUCCAGUUCCCGAUUACUUGAAGUCCACAGUCCAGACGGUAAUGACAAUUCACCAGAGUGAUAUGGAAGGGGAUGUUCUGGCAUUCUUGACUGGCCAGGAGGAGGUUGAGAGUGUGGUGUCCAUGCUGGUGGAACAGGCCCGUGUUCUGUCUCGCACAGGCAUGAAGAAGCACUUACGUGUUCUCCCCAUGUAUGCUGGGCUUCCUACAGCCGAACAGAUGCAAGUAUUUGAGAGGGUUCCUCCCAGUGUCAGAAAGGUGGUGGUUGCCACUAACAUUGCAGAGACAUCCAUCACGAUCAAUGGCAUCUCCUUUGUCAUAGACUGUGGCUUUGUCAAGCUACGAGCAUAUGACCCCAAACGAGCAGUUGAAUCUCUGGUUCUGGUACCUGUGUCCCAAGCCUCAGCUAAUCAAAGAGCAGGGCGCAGUGGGAGGAACCGUUCUGGGCAGUGCUACCGACUUUACACAGAGGAGGAUUUUCAGAAGCUCCCUCCGUCCACCGUGCCAGAGAUGCAGCGGAGUAACCUUUCACCCGUGGUCUUGCAGCUGAAAGCACUUGGCAUCGACAAUGUUCUACGUUUCCCCUUCCUGUCGCCACCCCCUGCACAGUCAAUGGUUCAGGCCUUGGAGCUACUGUAUGCGUUGGGAGGUCUGGAUAAACACUGCCGUUUGACCGAGCCCCUUGGUGUACGGAUGGCUGAGUUCCCCCUCAAUCCUAUGUUUGCCAAGAUGUUACUAGAGUCCGGUAAUUUUGGCUGCUCAGCUGAGAUUUUAAGUAUUGCCGCUAUGAUGCAGAUUCAGAACGUCUUUGUUCUACCCCCAAAUCAAAAAUCACAGGCUACACGCGAACACCGCAAGUUUGCAGUGGAGGAGGGAGACCAUCUCACCAUGUUAAACGUGUUUGAAGCUUUCAUCAAGUUCAACAAAAGCUCCCACUGGUGUCAGCAACAUUUCUUGAACUAUAAGGGUCUGAUGAGAGCAAUGACUGUGAGGGAGCAGCUCAAAAAACUUCUAAGCAAAUUCAAAGUACCCAAGAACUCAAGUGAAGGAGACCCAGAUCCCAUCUUGAGAUGUAUUGUGGCAGGAUUCUUUGCCAACGCUGCUAAGCUUCAUUCCACUGGGGUGUACAGGACAGUUCGGGAUGGUCACGAGCUGCAUAUUCACCCUACAUCUGUGUUAUUUGCAGAGAAGCCCCCAAGCUGGGUGCUGUUCAGUGAGGUGAUCCAGACCAAUAAAUACUACAUGCGUGAUGUGACUGCUAUAGAGUCUGCAUGGCUGUUGGAACUAGCACCACACUUCUACCAGCAAGGAACACAUCUAUCUCGAACCAACAAGCGAGCCAAACUGGAGAAUUUGUGAGCCUCUCGUAUCCUGGCACAGACCCCCGAAAGGAGGGGCAGAGUACACAAAGCGAUCACUGACAUCUUCACAUCAGCCCGCCAGCCUCUGAGAUGGCUUCUGAAUCUGGCACGGACCAUUAUCACUGUUACAUGCCUGUGGCCUUUGGCCUGCCUCCAUGCCUAGGGGUAUAUAGAUAUGUGUAUAAGAGAAAGCAGUUUUAUUUUUUUAAGUUGUAAAUGAUGAACAGAAGCGAAUAAUGGAAGUAUAAAUGAUAAACAGGA